AUGGGCUGGCCACUUGGAUCAGGGCCCGCCCGUCGCGAUUGCUCUUACCGUGGUGUGGGCCGCACUGCGCUUGCUUGUUUCGUUGAGGAUUUGUGCUGCCCAUUCUCUGCGGCUGCGACAGCAGAUGUCACGCUCAGUGCAGGCACAGAUGACGCUUUGAAGGCAGAUAGGGCAUUCGUCUCAGCGGCCGUCGCAAAGGACUGGCAUGCUCUGCAAUAUGCCGACGCGCUCUUCUGUCGCGACGAGGACGUCGCUCUGGUGGCCGCCCAGGACGAGCAUGCUCUGGAGUAUGCCGACUCCGACAGGGACGUCGUCCUGGCGGCUGUGGCCGAGGCCGGGGAGGCUCUGCAGUAUGCCGACGCGUCCCUCCGCCGCGCCGAGGGCGUCGUCCAGGCUGCCGUCGCCCAGGACGAGCGUGCUCUAGCGUUUGCCGCCGACAGCGGCUUUUCCCGGCGGCCGUCCCUGGGAGCCGGUGUGCUCUAUUGCGCGACCACCCAGGCCUCAGGUCCCACGGGGGCUUGCUUCUUCCUGGCGGGC